AGUAAAAAUUUCAAUAAAAAAAUAUUUAUAAAAAAAUUUAUUUCAAAAAAUAUUUUAAAGCAAUAAUAAGAAAUGUUGAAAAAAAGUCUUUAAAAACGCGAAUAUUACAAAAAAAUAAAAUAUUAACCCACACAACUUAGCACCAAAACCUGCUAUCCAAUUUGCUUGAGUUUCCAGCAAGAAAAAAAUAUAUAUUUUCUCCAAAAAACAUUGCGCUAAUACGCCCCGCUGUGUCAUGUGUUAAUUAAGCUGCUGACACUUCACCCCGCUAACCGUUAUAUUUCCAGCGAACUUUUUAUUGCACUCCACGCAGCAGUCGUACAACCUUGGUAGGCGUGUCCGUUACUUGCCAAAUUAUAACCUUCAAAGAAUUGCCCAAAGCAGCAAAAAAAAAUUUCAAUUCAGCAGCACUUUUGACGAAAUAUCUGGCCAUGUACCGCGGUGGAGGCCUGUAAAUAUAAAAAAAGCACACAUACAAACGCGUAGACAGUCAUAACGUUGAAGACAGCAUAUGAAGUCCGCUAUAUGUAUGCGUGUGUGUGUGUAGCUGCAGCGAAAAAAAAUCGAUAUAACAUCAACAAUAAACAACGGUAAUGCUGCUGCUGGCCCAUAAACAUACCUAAGUAACACAAAGGCGAACGCACACACUCACACACACAUGCGCGCUAAACAAUAGUGCGUUAGUGUGCGCUGUGUGGCAUGCCUCUGCAGUCGCAUAUUUGCAUAUACGCGUUUGCUAUCGCAUUCCGCCACCAACUCUUGCCACGCCACCAGCCAGUCGACGCCGCAAUUUCAUGCCGAUAACGUAAUACACACGACACUCACAGCAGUUGGUCGACGAGCGUUUACCAUAUGGAUAUGUGCAGCUGACCAAAAAUGUUGUGCAAUUUGUGCUAACGUUUUAAAUAUUUAAUUAAAAUUACUAAGUAAAUAAGUAAUACAAAGUAGAAAGAUAUAUAAAAACGUGCGCGUAUUUACAACAAAGAAAAAAAAAAUAAAGAAAAAUAUUGUCCAUUUUAACUGCUCAACGCAUAAUUGUAGCAAAAGCAAAAAAAAAGUAGUAAUAAAAAAACAACAACAAAUAAACGCAUGCAUUUAUGCAGCACAAGGUCGCACACCAGCUUACAACAGCGCGCCUACACGGCGUAUGAGCAAUUAAUUAAGUGCAGCACCCGGAGUGAAUGCUGAACAACAAGCAUAACAACAACAACAGCAGCAGCAAAAAGAUGGUGGACUUGAAUACCUGUCCGCCUACGCCGCCGGGUGGCGAGCGCUCGAAAAUCAAAAGCUUUAUGGGCCGUACUCCCGGCAUUGGUAUAUUGAAGUCGAAAUUUCUAACGGUACUGGGGAAUAGUAAUGAGCUGCUUAACGGUAUUUCGAAUAAGCUUACGCUUAGCAUUAGCUCCAGCGAAUCGGAGUAUUGCGAUGAUGACGAGGAGGUUCCUACAUUUGACGAGACCAUUGACUAUACGAAAAUAGAUUAUGAGUUUCGACGCAUUAAGGCGCGACGGGCACAUGAAGAGAUCAUAUCAGGACGGUUUCGAUAUCCCAACUUGGCACCCAGACCUCGCUUGGAGGCUUCCCGCACCAGCGCACGUGACAAAAACAAGCGUUCCGAUUCGAGUUCCUCAACUUCCAGCUCCACAUCGUCUUCAUACUCACCGCCUGUCAAUCGUUCGCAUGUUAGCAGCACUACACGCUCGAAUUCCAUCGAGUCACGCCAUUCGGGUGGUUAUGGGCGACCCGGACGCGCCAUACCCGGCGCAAGACGCAGUGAACUCGACAUACAAAGAGAUUUAUCACGCAUUACCGAUUUGUUGAGCGUAAAUGCCAGCGCACCGCAAAUCGAUGUGCAACCGCCCUCGGAUCGUGAAUGCGGCAAUUCCACUGAACAGCGCAACCAACCCACGCACCUGCAUAUGGAUAUACCAGCUAUGACACAAUCGGGCACCAGUAUGGCGGUGCCGCCACGCAGUCGCAACUCGAAUAGCAGCACUGUGACCAGUUUGCGUGACGAUCCCGAUGUACAAGCGAGUCCCAGCAUUGAAUCUACCGAUUGGCGUAAUUUUAUACGUUCGGAGUCACAAAAUUCAGUACCGUCAUGGGCAUCAUCCAUCAGCUUGGACUGCCGCGCUGGCGAAGAGCCGAUCAAGGAGUUUAUGAAACGUUUCAUAGAGGUGCUUUUCACGAAUGCAUCGGCGAUUGGACUGGAAUUGAAGGCGGAGUUUGGCGCAUUGGCGCGUAUCGAUGCGGGACGACAGUGGUUUACACGUUUUUUGCUCGAGCAGAAAGCCAAAUCAAAGCGUGUAGAUGAGGUGACCUUCCAUUCGCUGGUACAGUAUUUCGCCAUCGUCUUAUUUGAGUGCGGUGAGAGUGAAGACUAUGCGCCGGCAGCAUUAAUCAUGAAUACUUGCUUUAUGUUCUACAAUGAAAUUGAAGUUCCUGGCUGUGAACCGUAUCGCCAGUAUCUCUACAUUUUUAUGCGUCAGCAACCGAUCUGGUAUAGUCAACGUUUUUGGGGCGCCGCAUUCUUCGAAGCCGUGCAGGGUGAACGAGACCAUCGUUUGGCUAUGCGUAAACGGCGCGCUGAAAGGAAGCAGCGCAACAAAGCGCAGUUCACGACAAAGAUAGCGGUUGAGUCGAAUGUGCAUGAGAAUUCGCCAGCAGAGGCAACGAAUGAGAACGCGUUGUUAACGGAUGCACCGGUUGAUGGGGAAAUCGCUUCCACGUCCAGUUCCUCACAUCAUGGUAAUAUUGUGGCCUUAAAGGUGCAGUCGACGAAGAAAUCCGCUUCACAGACCAGUGCCGAAGACACGUCCGCAGUUGGUGGCGCUGGCGCUUCGGCCGAGUCGACAGCUUUGGUGGGUGCGUCGAGCGCUGCAGCAGCCGCUGAUAAGCAGCACGCACAACUCGAUCCGCACUCCAUCGAGAAUAUUGUAUUUCGACAACUGGGGGCCUUCACUUGUAAUAUGCACUCAUUGGGCCUACCUCAAGAUAUGUGCCUAGAAUUUUUGAAGAAACAAUCGGCAACGGCAAGCCAUACUUUAUCAAAGGAGAAAACCAAACUCAUCAAGGAUAACAUAUUGCGCAUGUACCAUGAAACUGAUUCAUGGGGCGCGAAAGUGUCCUGAGUUGUUUUUACCGCUAACCAAAGUAUAUUAACUCCAACUUUCCAGUAGUUAGUUAAAUUCUAUUAAAAUUAAUAUUAAUUAUAUUUAUAACGGAAAUAUUAGUAAAAGAAA